AUGGAGAACAUAUACACCACGCUACGGAAACUCAAGGAAAGAGUGUCACCUUCCAAGCCAAAGGAGCCGUCUUCAAACGCGUCUGAAAAUCAAGUAACGUUAUCCAGAAAGAGGAAAUAUUCUAGUGAAGACGAUCCUUUCAAUGAUAAGCAUAAUAAGACGUUGUUGACUAAUCCUUCUACCGUUGACACCAGCAAGGUGAAUCGAACCAGGUACUUUACGCCCAAUGCCACCGAGAUUACCAGUGGAUCACCAUUUAUAAGGAAUAGCAAUUUGUAUAAGCAAAUAUCGAAUCAAGGUGGAUCCAAGCCGGUUAGAAGUAAAAUGAGACCCAGUAAGGAGACGGAGGGAGAAGCUGGGGAUGAUGUUGCAUUGGUUGAUGAUAAGGAAGCGAUGAUGAAACGGUCAGCCAGUGUCAAAUUGACAAAGAUACCUGAUAUUACUAACGAAGAAAUAAAUCGAGCUUUGGGAGGUAGCUCAACGAUAAAAGAACCAUUGAACGUGAUUACGCCAGAGGAAUUGAACAGAUACUCAACUACAGAAAAUAAGAAAACUGAUGAAGAAAGAGAUCGAGUACUUAGAUUGAAACAAGAGCUUGAUAUCCCUGAAGAUGAAGAUGAAGUUUCUUUGGAAGUGUUAGAAGAAAUGAACAGACUAGAAGAAUGUUUCCCAGUCUUAGCCACCAACUACAGACUUAUUGAUAAAAUAGGAGAAGGAACGUUCUCUACCGUUUAUAAAGCCGAAGCUAUAAAUGGAUCAGUUCAAUUAGGUUCAGAUAUUUGGAAAAGCCCUCCAUUAAAGAGAAGUUCCCUGAAAAAAUUACCUAAAAAGAAGAAAAAUCCAAUAGUUGCAUUAAAACAAAUCUAUGUAACUUCAUCCCCUAACAGGAUUCAUAAUGAAUUACAUUUAUUAUUCAAUUUAAGUGGGAACUCUCAUGUUGCUCCACUUUUAGAUGUUUUAAGGUAUCAAGAUCAAGUUGUUGCAAUACUACCAUUUUAUCAACAUGCAGACUUUCGGGAUUUUUAUCGAGAUUUACCUAUUAAAGGAAUCAAAAAAUAUUUAUGGGAAUUAUUUCAAGGAUUGAAAUUUGUCCAUGAAAGAAACAUCAUCCAUCGAGAUUUAAAGCCCACAAAUUUCCUAUAUGAUCCAUUUAAAGGGAAAGGAGUGUUGGUUGAUUUUGGCUUAGCUGAAGAGGUGACUCCUUCGAAAAACGUCAGUUCUCGUAAUAACGUUUGUCCCUGUGAACUGAAUGAAAAGGAUAAAAUACAAAUUAAUAGAAUUCAUCAAAAUCGUCUCAACGUUAAAGCAGCAUAUCCAAAACAAGAUCAAAGACCUCCUCGUAGGGCUAAUAGAGCUGGUACAAGGGGUUUUAGAGCUCCUGAAGUUUUGUUCAAAUGUACAAAUCAAGGCACUAAAUUAGAUAUAUGGUCAGCAGGUAUAAUUGGACUUUCAAUAUUAUCUAGAAAAUUCCCAUUAUUCAAUUCACCUGAUGAUAUUGAUGCAUUAAUAGAAUUAACUUUAAUAUUUGGCGUUGAGAAAAUGACUAAAUGUGCAGAACUUCAUGGUUGUGGAUUUGAAAUCAAUUUAUCUCAUAUUGGUCAACAAAGUUUCAAUGGAAACUUAGUUAAAUUAAUACAUACCUUUUUACAGUAUGAAUGGGAAAAUGAUACUUUCCCACUGGAUAGUGUUGUUGUUGACACAUUAAAAUAUAUUGACCCAAAAACUUAUUCAAUGAUUAAACCAACCAAAAUUCCAGAAGGUCAAGAAUCUGAAUGUGGUGAUUUGAAUGAUUAUAAUCAAUAUAAGCAAGAUUUUGAAGGUUAUGAUGAUUUGAAAAAACUCUUACAAUUAUUAAACGGUUGUUUAAAUAUCGAUCCCCGGAAAAGAUUAUCAGCUGAAGAAAUAUUAAAAUUACCGUUUUUCAGUGAAUUGGAUCAUGAUCACGAUGAUGAAGUAUUGAUUUAA